AUGUCUGCAACAUUGUUUGAUGAUCUUCCUCCUGAAACAAUCAUCGAAAUCCUCUUAAGACUGCCUGUGAAAGACCUUGUGAGGUCAACUUCAGUCAACAAAACAUGUACCCUUAUCGAAAAAUUCGAUAUUCCUUUUGAGACCAAGACUCAUACUUUGAAAUUAAUUGCUCAGGUUCAUGGAAUUCUUUUAAUUACUGAUUUACAAACUGAUUAUGCUUCGAGGGAGUUGUAUCUUUGGAAUCCUUAUGUUAGGCGACAUAGAGUACUUGUUUCGAGUUGUUAUAAAAAGCAUCUGGAUAACCUGGAAACGACGUGUGCUUUGGGGAUGGGUUUUGACAAGGUCAUGAAUGAUUACAAAAUUGUAAGGAUUAUUUAUGUUGAGGAUGACCGGGGGGAGCUGUUGGGUGAUGUAGCUCCUAAGGUUGAAAUUUUUAGCCUGACGGAGAACGUAUGGAGGAAUAUUAAAAACCCUGGAGUUCCACGACUAGAUAUUGAAGAUGGGGUUUUCGUUGAUGGUUGUUAUUACUGGUUCGAAAGAAACUAUGCCAUAGUUGACCACAGCAGUACUUGUCAUGGUCACAAACUGAGGAUAAUGUCCUUCGAUUUUCAUUCUGAGCUGUUUGGGGAAUUUAACCUCCCCGAUGAUCUUUCCCAAAUUUUGGCAAGAAAUCCCAUAAAUAAGCUUAUGCGGUUUGAGGAUUCACUUGCUCUUUGUGUUCUAGACGAACCACUAAAUAAGGGGGACUCUGGUCUUCCUUAUUGUAUAUGGUUGAUGAGACAAGAAAAUGGUGUGGUCACCUGGACUCUGCGUUUUAGAUAUGUACUUGAAGAGUGCGGGUAUCCUUUAGCCAUUACCAAGAACGGGACCCUAGUUAUAGAGUUAUUUUGCUCAAAGAACCCCGGUUUGGCAACCAUAGUCUUUUGUAACCAGAGCAUGAUUCAUCAAGAUCAUGGAUUUGGUGAAUGUAUGGGUCCAGUAGAGAUUUCAACAUCGGUUUUUAAUCUUUCUAUUGUCGACACUUCCUUUCGAGAGAGUUUAAUCUUGUAUGAGGGAGGAAAAUCGCUGCUGAAAUAUGCAAAGUACUAG